AUGGAGCCUGAGUACUGUCAUGUCGUCUUUGUCAAGUCGAUCAACUUCCAGAACGGCGACUCAAACCGCGAUCCCACCUCGUAUCCUGACCUCACCAACGAUCCCUUCGCGCCCGCGCCGACCAAACAGCCCACAGCUCCUCUUCCGCCAGCUAGCACCGUACCUUCACCAGUCGACGGACCAUCAAUCGCUACUUCGCUUACCGCGAAACCACACGCUCCACCUACACCUGCUUUGGUAGAGCUACCAACCUGUCCUGUCUGCCUCGAACGCAUGGACGAAACAACUGGCCUCCUCACCAUUCUCUGUCAGCACGUCUUCCACUGCGCCUGUCUUGAGAAGUGGCGGGGCUCAGGCUGCCCAGUCUGUCGGUACACACAAAACGAUGCCUUUACCUCAAAUCGGGGCGCAGACGGCGAGAGUCCAGACAACGAGUGCAGUGUCUGCGGAUCCACACAAAACCUCUGGAUCUGCCUAAUCUGCGGUAACAUAGGAUGUGGCCGCUACGACUCAGCACAUGCAUUCGCACACUACGAAGCAACAAGCCAUACCUAUGCAAUGGAUGUGGUGACCCAACACGUCUGGGACUACGCAGGCGAUGGCUACGUCCACCGCCUAAUCCAAAACAAAGCAGACGGAAAACUCGUCGACAUGCCCGCCUCGAACCAAUCCUUCAGCGCACCCGGCAUGACCGGCUACUCCAACGACACCGUCCCGCGCGAGAAGCUCGACAACAUGGGCAUGGAGUACGCCUACCUACUCACUUCCCAACUCGAAUCUCAACGCGCAUACUUUGAGGAACAGCUCGAACGCGCAGUCGACAAAGCAGCAAAAGCCGCCUCCACCGCCGACGAAGCAACCCGAUCCGUCGCCUCGCUGUCCCAGAAACUCGACCAGCUUUCCACCUCCCAGUCCGAAGCAACAACCACCAUCGCCUCCCUCACACGCGAAUCCGCGCGCAACGCCCAGAAAGCAACGUCCGCCUCUGAGCUCGCACGUAAACUCACCAAGCAAUACAAAGAAGAGCAGAUUGUGAAUGAGAGUUUGAUGGAGCGGAUUAAGCAUUUGGAGAAGAAGGCUGAGGAGGCCGAGAAUAAGGUUAAAGAGCUUGAGGCCCAAAAGGCGGAUCUCGAGGAGCAGAAUCGCGAUUUGAGCUUCUUUAUCAGUGGCCAGGAGAAGUUGAAGGAGAUGCAGGGGAAUGAAGUUAUGGGGUUGCAGGAGGGUGAGGUGGAGGGUGGGACGGUGGAGGUGGGUGAGAAGAAGGGGAGGAGGAAGGGGAAGAAGAAGGCUUGA